UACAAGACACAAUACUCAAUAGUGUGAAGAACUAUGUUUUUCAACUUAUGUUUUCUUAUAAUAAUCAAUCUAUUCAUUCAAAUAAAAUCUAGUGACCUUAAACUUGAAUUUCUGGCAGUGAUUUUCCGUCAUGGCGACCGGAUUCCAGAGUCUGGUGAAGAAAAAUAUCCUAAUAAUCCGAAUACUUAUUACGAUUAUUAUCCAAUAAGUACUGGAGGGCUGACUAAUAAUGGCAAAAUGCGAGAGUACAAACUCGGCGAAUACCUUCGAAACCGCUACAAUGAUUUUCUAGGUGAUUAUUACAUUCCAGAAAAUGUGAUGGCUCGUAGUGUAGAGUUUGAUAGAUCAAAAAUGUCUUUGCAACUGGUACUUAGUUCGUUAUACCCACCGAAAAAAGAUCAAAUUUGGAAUGAAAAUCUCAAUUGGCAGCCGAUUCCCAUAGUAUAUAUACCAAAAGUUUUUGAUAUUUUAAUGAUACCUGAAGAAUGCCCACAAUACAUGGAAGAAUUGGAAAAAGUACGAAAUCUACCAGAAGUAUUGGCAAAAGUCGAUAAAUUUCGACCUCUGAUGGAAGAACUCACUCCGCAAACCGGCAAAUUGAUAAACUCAACAACCAAUUUGUACGAUUUGUAUCAUAGUUUAAUGGCUGAUUAUAUGGGAGGAAAAAAAAUACACGACUGGGCUUUGAAAAUUAUGCCUGACGGUCUGUUAUUUGACGCAACUAUUUUGGAAUACGAUAUUGUGAGCUAUAAUACAAAACUCAAAAGAUUAUUUGGCGGAAUGUUUAUAAAACAUCUGACAGAUCUUAUGACAGAUAAAAUCGAAAGUAAAAGCUCCGAUAAACCAAAAAUAAAUUUAUUUAGUGCACGAGAAACGAACAUAGCAGCUCUUUUGAAAGCUAUUGGAGCAUUCAAACCACACGUUCCAUCUUACAGCUGCGCUGUCAUGUUUGAAUUGCUAAGCAAUGAAACUGAUAACUAUGUCGGGAUGAAUUACUAUUUGGGAAUCCCGCCGAUUUCAGAAGAAAUACAAAUUUCCGGUUGUUCUAACCCAUGUCCGUUCAGUGAUUUCAUGAUGCUCAUGAAAGACUUGAUACCAUCUGAUAAAGAAAUGGAAUGCGAGAAAGGCGAGUCGCUUUAUCAUGACCCAAUAAUAAAUAAAUAAAACUUAAGUUAAAAUAAUGACAUGUAAAUUCUAAAAGUUUUAUUUGUUUGUCAAUAAACAACAUUUUUCUCUAUCGAA